AGUGUAAACACACUAUUGCCCUGACCUUGACUUACCUUUACCCUUGUACUUAUUGCUCUACUGCCCGAUAUUCUUCGUUAUUUAAGCUCUUGCAUUCUCUCCAGCUCCUGGGGAGUGUAAAAAUAUUUCAUACCUGCCCUCCCAGACAUCAGGUUUCAGGUCCUGUGACGUAUAUCAACGUUAAUUCGUUCGUAGUACCUUCUGAGUCAACUUUUCUCUCUCUUGUCUAAAAAACUUAUACAAACCUGGGGAUCUUCGCAGUCUUCUCUCUGCCAAGAAAAGCCAAAUCGACAUCCAAGUUUGAUCAGCAUCAAUGCCGGCACAAGUCUAACCUUACUAACAAGUAACGCGCAAUUAUAAAUCUCCUGCAGUCAUUAGAAGAAGCCCUAAAGAACAUUGGUCUCUAAAGAAGAUAUUCUAAUCCAUUCUCAAGAUGCAGAGAGAAGAAAGGGCUAUGGAUGCUGCUUUAGAUGCUAUACUGCAGCGUGUUGUUGAUAUCAAAGGUUCUUUGCAAGAACUAGUGGUCAAGGUUGAGCGAGAAGGUGAACAAGCUGAUUGGCCAUCAUACCUUAACUCAUUCUCUGUCAUAUCUGCACAGAUAUAUACACUCAUGAAGCUAUUGAAAAAUGAGAAAACACCCAUUCUCCGUAACUAUCUUACACUCCCGCUUCAAUUGAAUGCUGACCCUGAUGAAAAAUUGCUUGUGGCCACUGAAGGCAGAGUUCCAUCCUUUAGUCAUGACUUUGUACCUAACAUGCUGAGAACAAAGCCAGAGCCAGAUGUAGAACAAAGGCAUUUAGCUUUGGAGGCCAAGAUGGCACAAGUUAAUGCAGACACUGCACAGAAACAAAUCAAUGUUCACAAUAAAGUAGUGAAACAUGUAAUGGACUUGGUGAACACAGCCCGAGAGGAAUGGGAGACAGAGACAGCCUCCCGCACUAAUCAGCCGCAGACAUGUUCCAUCAAUGAGACUCAAGCUUUAAUUGCUGCCUUAGGUACAGGCAAGGGUUUCAAGAUACGAACUCAACCACCAGGACCAUCACCCACCAUGACACAACAACCUCCCCCUCAAAUAAAUACAGCAAAUAAGGCAGUUAGUGCAGUUAAGACCAACAUCAAGGCUGCAACUGCAAUUCACCCAUAUAGUCGAUAGAUGUAAUAACAUGGGCAUUGACUGAGGAGAAUCAAGAUUCUGCUUGCCUUUUUCCAGUAUUAGACUUGCAAUAAAAGAGAUGAUACUGUAAUGUUAAAAGUUUUGUGUUAAAUUUAACUAUUUUUUGUUAUAUUAUGGACAUUGAUUUUGUCUUCCAAUAAGGUCUUUGAACGAAUAAAUAAUUGAUUUGU